AUGGGUUUCCAAACAUCGACGCCGAGAUUUGCCGGCAAAGAGACGAAGCUGCAUGACGAGGGCCGUCACCAGGAGGUUGAAGAGCACAAGCAGGACCUGUUGAAGAAGUCGAAGGAGGGAAAGGGUCACUGGAAGGACGAGCUGGCCUCUGACAGCGAGUCGAUUAUCAAGGCAGACCGCGGUGAGAUCGAGGCCUCGCAAGAGACCAUUGAAAAGCUGCAAAAGGAGACCGAGAAGCUGGCCCAGAAGAAGAAAUGA